GGCUCGACCUUUCAGUGACCUCCACUGUAGCUCUCAAGAAAAUGAAGGGAAACGUCUUUGAUGUCAACAUUUUGCGGAGGAAUCAAAGGUCCGUGAUUUUCAGCAAAAGAAACAAGAAGGUUAGGAGAGGUUGAGCCUCUGAGAAAACCUGAACUUUUCAUUGAAGAAGUGAUUUUUAUCAGGAAUGCCGUGGUCAACUAUAGAAGCUCCCCAGUGAGAAGAGAGCCAUGGGAAAAACCUCAAACAAGAUCCAAACUAGAUGUGAGGUGCAAACCUAACGGAAGAAGUCCAAGCUGACGGCAAAAGUAUGGAAGAUGAAAUAAGAACGACUGAGACAGAACAAGGAGAUGUGGCGAGCAAUGAGGGAGAGUCCAGUGUAGAAAUGUCCAACAGUCCAACUAAAAAAGGAAGGGGGAGGCCACAAGGUUCAAAGAAGUUGAAGGUUUGUGUUACAGACGUUAACCUAAUGGAGCUGGUUUCAGGCAUUUCCAAUGGUGGGUCUACACAGACCCCGAGGAAAAGAGGGCGUCCAAAACGGGCAGAGCAACAAGGAGCAGGAGACGACCAUGCUGAUGAUUCUGUGCAAACCCAAGGCUCCAAGAAACACGCCAGUAAUGAAGACAGUCUUACGACAGACCCUUCUCCUAAGAAAAGAGGCAGGCCAAGAAAGUCUCUCAGCUAUAGCACCCCUGAGAAGGCUGAUACUAAAGACGUACUGAACGGUGACUCUGAGACACCAAAAGCGAGAUGGGGUCGUCCAAAAGGAUCCACGAAGCGCAAGUCAGAAAGUUUAACAAGUGAAGAAACUGAAGGCGGUCUUGUAACACAAAGAUCUCUCAAUAAGAAACUCAGGCUGGAGACAGAGUUGAGCAGUGAAGGGGAGGAGGACGCUGGUGUAAGCCAAAAACCACCGAUAAGGAGAUCGAGGGGAAGGCCAAGAAAAGUUAUUUCACAGGAGAGAGGAGAUAAAGAACAAGCUAAGAGGGAAAGAGGUCGACCUAAAGGCUCUGUAAACAAGAAACCAGCCAAAAGGGGAAGGCCUAGGAAAUACCCUUUGCCGUCACCUGAGGAACUGAAAAAACCAAAAGUAUGGAAGCCGCUGGGAAGGCCGAGGAAAUACCCACGUGUUGAUCCUCCAGAGGGAUCUCUACCAGCCCCUCGCAGAAGCCGCGGUCGGCCUCGCAAGUCAGAGUCCAAGAAAGGCGCUCACUUGCGCAAGAAUUUGCCAGCCUCUUCAUCCUCACCAUGCAACCCCAAUGUUGAAUCCCCGAGAAAGAGGGGCCGUCCCCCAAGUACUCAAAAAAAAGAUGCUGGCUCCCCAAGAAAGAGGGGCCGUCCCCAAAGUACUCAAAAAAAAGAUGCAGGAACCCCGCGGAAAAGGGGCCGUCCCCCAAGUACUCCAAAAAAAGAUGCUGGAACCCCGCGGAAAAGGGGCCGCCCCAAAGGUUCAGUCAACAAAAAGGACGGCCAUUCAAAAGCAAAGGGCGAUUCAUCUCCUGUUGGGGUGGAACAUGAAGCAGAGCUGGCAAAAGACGAGGUGGAGCAUGACGAUGCAGAGGAUUCCAUGGAGCCCGACACAGAGGCGUCUAUCGUGGACGACACAGAGGCGUCCAUUGUGCACGACACAGAGAUGACCAUCAUGGACAAUACUGAAGAAUCACUCAUCGAUCAGGAUGCAAGCUUUGAAGUUAGUAACCAGGCUUAAUGAACCAUCCUGGUCAGACCAAAAUGUUGCUGUAGUAGUAGAAUACAAUAUUGUCAAUGAAAACACAUGGUUUUAACAUCUUGUCAGUCGGGUAGGCUAAAUAUCAGCUGCUUCUCUGUUUUCCUGACUAACUUGUCCAUCUUGUUUUAUUGUGCUUGGUUUUUACUUUAUUUCUGUCAUUUGAGUAAGCAGUAGUACUAAUAAUCUUUUACUAGAACUAGCAUGUAUAGUUUAUUAUCAUAGACUGAUUGUUCCAGUUUUCAUUCAGCUUUCAGAUGUGUUUGUCAGUUAAACUGUAGAUGUAAAAUGGUUGCUGGAAAAUGACUUGGAAGAGGGGAAAAAAGUCCAAGUAGAUUUUGGAGAAAAAAAGUACAGUAAAACUAUAGAGAGCCAAAGUCAACUAAAUACAAUCUUUCAUUCUGCAUUUCUUGCAUUGACCUUUUUGAAAGAUUUUGUGUUCUUGGGGUUGGUUUACUUUCCAUAUUUUAGGACAAACUGACGUAUGAAUACAGAGUGAUAUCACAUUCUUUAAAGAUUAAACGGGUUUCGCCAACUGAUUUCCAACCUUGACCUAUAUUUUGCAUGUGACAAGAGAGAACCUGACUCAAGGACACAUGAUUAGAACUUGUUUUAUUUGUUUUAUCAAAAUUCUUAUGGUAACAAUGUAUCAAAAAUUCCAAAUGUGAUUCUGAAUAAAGUUGUAUUGCUUCUGGAACAAAACCCGGAAGUUGUGCUUUCACUUUGGCUCUCUAUUGAGAAUGUGAGAGUUUGAAGGCUUUCGAGAUAAAAUACAUCAAAUGAUGUCAUACUUUUCUCAAUGUUAUUUCACAGUUUUUAUUUUGCCUUAAUUGCUAAAGCGUUGUGAAUGUACCAUCAGUUAGUUACUUAGUUCAAUGAGUUGUCCUGCACAGGUCAGCCUCUCAGCUUUUUUUUUUUUACAUGCAUUUGACAGGACAAAAAGCUCGGUAUCAAACGCCUUCCCGCCACUCAGUCGGCCAGAAGAUUUCCACUUCCACUUGUACCAGUUACUUUUUUAGUUUGCUAUAGAGUUAUUUCACUCUUUUCUCUAAGUGUUUACAUGUAGCUGUGAAGCCUUUUCUUUUUUUAUAACUUGAGAUUAAAUUCACGUGAUUGGAUGAUUUCACAAACAUUCUUUUUUUUUUUAACACGUGUAAAAAUUGCGUGCCAUGGGUCAAAAAAUUAAAGUCUCUAAAUGCCAAAUUGUGCUUCGGUGUGUCAAAUUAUCAAAAUAAAAAUUUGAUCUGAUUUUGUGAAGUCAAAUCAUUUUAAGUGGAUAUAUUUGGAUUUUGUGUGUUUUAAACAAGAAGUCAAUUUGUGAGAUUAUGCUCUUAAAUAAAAUGUGGAUCUUGCUGUUUUA